AUGGGGAAUUCGCACGACAGCAUCAUUAAAAGCAGCCAUAAGAAUGAUUUAGUAGAUGCGAUGGAUUUUGGUUCGUUGGCCAAGAAGUGCGCUGUGGAAGGCCAAAUGGAUAUGAAAGGAUGGGAAUUAUGCAAAUUAGCUGUGAAACAACAAUGA